AUGACCGAUUUUCAAAAAACGCCCUUUGUAAGGGAACUUGCUUCAAGCGACCGACGCACCCGUGACAAAGCAACCGAGUCACUGACUUUGUUCUUGCGCUCCAAAACCGAUCUCUCACUGGUCGAACUGUUGAAGCUAUGGAAGGGUCUAUUUUUCUGCUUUUACCACUCCGACCGUCCCCUCACACAGCAAGCCCUAGCCCGUAACCUGUCGUACUCACUGGUUCCAACUCUGCCUCGUUCGACGCUGCAUCGCUUCCUGCGCGCAUUCUGGAUCACCAUCGGUCGGGACUUCCAUUCAUUGGACCGGUUACGUCUAGACAAGUACCUGUUUCUGAUCCGAUGCUAUGUGGGCGUCGCAUUCGAGAUCUUCGUGAAGGGUCCGAUGCAGUCGAAGAACAACGAGACGAACAAGAAACGCAAGCGCCAGGACGCGGGCAAGAAAGAGAACAGGAAUGCGAAGAAGCGUUCGAAAGGCUCGAGGCGGACUCAAGAGGAUGCGGACAUGGAAGAGGAGCAGAACGCCGACGGAGAGAGCAAGUGGGCAGAUCUCGAGUCUUACUUGACUAUUUUGGAAGAGGGACCGCUCUGUCCUGUGAACUUUGAUCCGGAUCAGCCUGCCGCAGACGAAAAGAAUGAUUACAUGCCCAUGCCUCAUGGUCCGGACGGUCUCCGCUACCAUGUUAUGGAUAUCUGGAUUGAUGAGUUGGAGAAGGUGCUUGAGUUUGAAGAGGGAGAUGGACAAGAUGAUGAGACGGAGGAGUCCAAGCCCCGGAAACCAAAGGGUGAAGUGCCCAUGGACCUCUUGUUGCGGCCAUUUGAGAAGUUGCGGGCGGACUGCCCGUACAAACCGGUGAGGUUGAGGGCAGCGGAAACGCUGGGUGAUGAUCGGUUGGUGGAAUGGGGUUUCAAGUCUCGCCCCGUUAAAGAGGCUGAUGACGAAGAUAGUGAGCUGGAGUGGGGUGGAUUUGAUGAUUGA